AUGAUCAACUCUUUCCGAUAUUUAUCAAGAAUGCUAGAAACUAUUCCGUAAUCUCAACUAUUUGAGGCAGGUCAUUUUAAUUUCUACCAGUGGAUAUGAAGCUUGUAAAUUUUAGCGUUCUUCUAGCUGCGUUGAAAUGGGGCGUUACAGAGUCCAAAUGGCUCACGCAUAUUCCAGACAGGGAGUCCAGUCAAGACCCAGAUCCAAGACAACCGGCAGUCGAUUUCAUGUCUUCCCAACAACUCCCCCCGAGCGGCCAUUCUUCUGCUCCUGUGCACUCAAUCGAUCCUCCUCGUCCCUGUUACACUCUCCCCUCUGGCGGUCUGGCUUUCCUCGGUAGAGGGGUGGAUAUCACACGACUGGAUCUGUUCAGCUCAUUUGCACAGUCUUCUUCUUCUUCUUCUGAUGUUGGCAUGAAUUCUGCCGCCAUCAAGGGCCCAGUGGUUAACCUGACUUGCACAUUUGGAUAUGAGUGGACCAACUCUUUCAACUCCAAAACUUACAAGGUGGCUGACCAGGUGUGGAAUGUGGACAACAAGAGGGUGCAGAUGACAAAAGAAGAGGUGCACUCGUUCACUUCACACUCUGAACUGCAACAGUUCUUGGCUGCCACUGUUGGAGUGACACACGAGAACGGGAUGUUUGCUCGCACUCACACUUACAGCUCAAUCAGUGACCAGUUGCAGACAGCCACCAACUUAAUUGCGAUGGUCCACUCUCCCGUUUUGUCCUCAGAAGCAACCCUGCUGCCUAAACAGGAGCUGCAGUUGAGUGCCAUUGUGCAAAAGUAUCUUGACAACAUCGACAAAGACUUCGACUCGGAUACUGAAGGAUACAAGCGCUUCAUUGCCACCUUCGGAACCCAUUUCUUCUCAUCAGUCAGAUUCGGACCCCUUGUACAGAACAUGUUCACAAUUGACAGGAGUCUCCAGAACAUGUACGACAGAUCCCAAAUUGAGACCUUCAGUGUGGAAAGCUUCAGUAGAUGGUUCGACGAGACUCUUCUUAAAAGACACCCAGAAGUGACUGCAGCAGGUGAUCAGUUUGAUACCCUGUCUACUCGUACUUAUGAAGUGUUCGGGGGUCGAACAGAGCUGCUAGCCAGAGGAGAGACGAAUGAGUGGUUCACAACUGCCCUGGAUAGUCCGUGGGUAUAUGGAGGUCAGCUGGUUCCCAUUUACGAUCUAAUAUCUGACGAGAGGCAAAAGGAAUCAGUGCGGAAAGCAGUUGAAGCUCAUUUGGACAGAGCAUCAGUAGAGGAUAUCGAGAGUCGACUGAAAGUGGCUAUUGGGAAGUAUCAGAAUUCAGGGAGGGCCAGUGACUUAAAGAGUAUCGAGAAGGAAGUGAUACUGCUGAGACAGAAAAAGUCAAUUGAGCACACUUUGGCCAAUCACUGGGUUAAUGCCCUCAAAUACAGCCUGGCUGCUCCUAAAUGGUGGCAAGAAGCUGAGAUUUGUUUCAAGUAUGCAAACGACGUGCCUGGAAAGUACUGCAGCGGAGCUAAGCCUACUUGUGCGCCUUUGAAUCAGUUCACGGAAAUGUAUCAGGACUGGAGCAGAAAACAGGGGGGUUGUCAGAUGAUGUGGGGACUGUUUGUCCCAGCAGAAACGGAGGCGUGGUUCGAAGAGACAGUCAAGCUCUGCUUCAAUUUCAGCUCUGUCGGCCAGACAUUCCAGUGCGGGUUGGCAGACCAUAAAAAUGGAGAAGUUUGUACUGUGGUUAACCAGUACUCUGCGCCACUCUAUGAUCACACUGAUUCCAGGACCAAAGGGGGAUGCAACAUAGCCUGGAAGCUGGGACUGGACAGACCUGACUUGGCUCCCACUUGGCUGCUCAACAGUCGCUUCUGCUACAGCUACAAAAAGAGGAGCAAAAGACUGUACAUGACAGAGAGCACAGACACCAUCUGCUCUCUAGUAGGCGACUACACCGCUCCUUUCUUCGACAACUCCCACUUCAGAGCCUCCAUCAACUACGCAGAGAACUACAUACAGUGGGGAGUGUUCGACAAUCAGCACUCGCCUGUGUGAAAAACAUCGCUGAACUGGUGGUGCCAACCUAUCUUACCUAAUCUUAUUAUUCCACUCUUCUCUAAGGAAGCCAUAUCUGAUUUAGCAAGUGCUCAAUUAAAAACCUUCUAUCUUUCA